AGUUAUAAACGAAAGGUCCAAAGGGGGAAGAAAAUGGAAGAUUGAACUGAGCAAAAUAGAGGAGGGCCGCCUGUGAUUGAAUUCGGUCGGAGCUUGUGCUAAACGAAAAUGGCGGCUAAACUCCUACUCUCUCAAUUCCAAUUGGGAGGAAUAUCUCCAUCAUCUCAACCUCGCUGCUUCCACUAUCUAAGCAACUCCAAGGAAAUUAGGCGGGACCAUCAACUGCCUCAGAGCGAUCAUCGUCCAAAUUCAUUAUUAUUCGUCGCAGGAAGGAAGAAAAGUAGAAGAAGGACGAAAGACAAUAACAAUUGGAAGAGUAGAGCAUCGUCGCCUGCAGUAUGCUGUUCUCUAGUUGAUUCUCUCAGCAGCGGUACCGACAUUAUGUACCAACCGCUCUCUGAUUCCUUCUCCUCUUCGUUUUUUCUACUGGCAGCGGAUAGCGGUUAUUCCCUGGCUAGCUAUUACACUUCUCUUGGACUCUUUGUGAUCUCUGUUCCUGGAUUAUGGUCACUUAUCAAGCGUUCUGUAAAAUCAAAGAUUGUGAAGAAGACCUAUGUCCUAGGGCAAGGGAAACUCCCCAAUCAGGUGGCUGGCCAAAUAUUGUCUUUCUUCACUCGGAAUAACUUCGCUGUUGUGGAUAGAGGAGAGACGAUUACGUUUGAGGGCACAAUCGUUCCAAAUCGAGGACAAGCAGCUCUUCUAACAUUUUGCACAUGUAUCAGCCUAGCAAGUGUUGCUCUUGUUCUCACCAUAACAGCACCAGAUGUUGGCAACAAAUGGUUCUUGAUUACUUCCUUAAGUCCAUUAGCCGGGUUGUAUUACUGGAGAAAAGCAUCAAGAAAGGAGCAGAUACAAGUGAAAAUGAUCGUGAACGAUAAUGGAGUGCCAUCAGAGAUCAUUGUUCAAGGUGAUGAUGUACAAGUUGAAGAAAUGAGGAAAGAACUUGAACUCAAUGAGAAGGGAAUGGUUUAUGUCAAAGGAGUUUUUGAACGAUAAAAUGUCUUAAAUUAACAUGAUGGAUGAUAACGAUGAUGAGAAACUGCAUUCUCUUUGUUU